UGUGAUGUAUAUUAUAUUGUGUACGAAAUUUCAAUUGAAUUUUGUUGUUCAAUUUAUUAUGUUUACUAAAUAACCGAAUGACCGGUUCUAUGUUCAUAUUUGUACAACGCACGAACGAUUUCGUUGCCAACUGCUAAUCGCUAAAUACUGAUAUUAAUGAUAUUACACACGUACAUGAAAAAGCAGGGGAAUACCGCCGAAUUGCCGACACCAACGACAAUAGAAGACGUGCACCCCUCGAAAUAAAUAAAAAGGCCGCUCAGCAAUCCCUACCGGAAUCAACGAGGCCUUAACACUUAGAAUAAUGACUUGCAAUAAAAAAUCGCAUUUUGGAGCAGCAUUGUUGAAUUUGCAUAGCGGUUAUACAGAUUCACUACCCGGCAGAGAAGAACAAAUCAAUUGUUUGAAGUCUUUCUUGGAAAAACACACAAAAGAUCAUGUUUCUGCUUCCAUGUAUGUAUCUGGUCCUCCGGGUACUGGAAAAACAGUGUCAUUGCAUUCAUUGUUUGUUAGCGAUUUAGUCAUUAACAAUUUCAAUGUAGUAUAUGUGAACUGUAGUAUGAUAAAAUCUGCUAAUUGUGUUUAUGCUAAGAUUGCAGAAAUAUUGAAACUCGGCUGCCGUGUUCAGAGAGAAUGCAUAUUAACUAUUGAACAAUAUUUAAAAACCAAACACAAAUCAAUUCUUUUAGUGUUGGACGAAAUUGAUCAAUUGUCUUCAAAGAAUCAAUCUAUAUUAUAUAAAUUAUUUGAAUGGCCAACUAUUCCUCAAUCUAAACUGAUAGUCAUUGGUAUUGCUAAUUCCUUAGAUCUGACUGAUAGAUUGUUACCGAUGUUAAAAACUAAAAUAUCAUUACAACCAUUAUUACUCAAUUUUCCGCCUUAUACAAAAACUGAAUUGUUCAAUAUCAUAACCCACAGAUUAGAAAAUGCAGGAGUUGCACAAGUAUUUCCUAGUAAUGCCAUUCAGUUGUUGGCUGCAAAAAUUGCUUCUUUUCGAGGUGAUGUUCGUUGUGCGUUAGAUGUUACUAGACAAGUUAUAGAAAUAGCAGAUGAAAAAACUGAUAAAAAAAUAGAAUUGAAUGAUGUGAUAGCUGUGUUAAAUAAUGUAUAUUCUACUUCAGGAGCACUUGAUAUUAAUGAUGAAAAUUCUGAAAAAUUACCUUUACUACAAGAAUUAGUAGUAUGUGCAUUACUACUUUUGUUAUCUUCAAGUAAAAAAAGUCAAGUUAUUACUAUUGGGAGACUAUUUGAUGUCUUCAAAACAAUUUGUUCAAAAAGGAAUAUUCAAGUCCGAGAUCUUAGUGAAUUCAUUACUAUGUGUUCAUUAAUAGAAACAAGAGGAAUAAUUAAGAUACAAGGACAGAGUAUGAAUAGAUUAUCUAAAGUAAUAUUACUUUGGGAUAAAAAUGAAGUAGAUGAUGUACUACAUGACAAACAGCUUUUGGUCGAUAUUUUAAAUGAUAAAUAUAUUUUGAUGUAAUUAUUUUUUUAAAUUAAAUUGUAUUAAUUCAUUUAUUGCA